AUGUCGCGGCGCGGGGCUCUGGGGCCCGGCUGGGGGCUUCUGCUGCCGCUGCUGCUGGCGCUGGGCGAGCUGCCGCAGGUGGCGGGCGUCGAGGAGGAGCCUGGCGGCGGCGGGCACCAAGACAGCGAGGGCUUCCAGGUGGUCACCUUCAAAUGGGACCACGUCCAGGACCCGUACAUCAUCGCGCUCUGGAUCCUCGUGGCCAGCGUGGCCAAGAUCGGCUUCCACCUGUCCCACAAGGUCACCAGCGUGGUCCCGGAGAGCGCCCUGCUCAUCGUGGUGGGCCUGGUGCUGGGCGGCAUCGUCUGGGCGGCCGAGCACAUCGCCUCCUUCACGCUCACGCCCACCGUCUUCUUCUUCUACCUGCUGCCGCCCAUCGUGCUGGACGCCGGCUACUUCAUGCCCAACCGGCUCUUCUUCGGCAACCUGGGCACCAUCCUGCUGUAUGCCGUCAUCGGCACCGUGUGGAACGCGGCCACCACCGGCCUGUCCCUCUACGGCGUCUUCCUCAGCGGCCUGAUGGGAGAGCUGAAAACCGGGCUGUUGGAUUUUCUCCUGUUCGGCAGCCUGAUCGCUGCCGUGGACCCGGUGGCCGUGCUGGCGGUGUUUGAGGAGGUUCAUGUCAACGAAGUGCUGUUCAUCAUCGUCUUUGGGGAGUCCCUGCUGAAUGACGCUGUCACCGUGGUCCUGUACACCGUGUUUGAAUCUUUCGUGACGCUGGGUGGCGACAAAGUGACCGGCGUGGAUUGCGUGAAAGGCAUAGUGUCCUUCUUCGUGGUGAGCCUGGGGGGCACGCUGGUGGGGGUCGUGUUCGCCUUCCUGCUCUCCCUGGUGACCCGCUUCACCAAGCACGUGCGCAUCAUCGAGCCCGGCUUCGUGUUCGUCAUCUCCUACCUGUCCUACCUCACCUCCGAGAUGCUCUCCCUGUCGGCUAUCCUGGCCAUCACCUUCUGCGGCAUCUGCUGUCAGAAGUACGUGAAGGCCAACAUCUCGGAGCAGUCGGCCACCACCGUGCGCUACACCAUGAAGAUGCUGGCGAGCGGGGCCGAGACCAUCAUCUUCAUGUUUCUGGGCAUCUCGGCGGUGAACCCCGCUAUUUGGGAAUGGAACACGGCCUUCGUGCUCCUGACGCUGGUCUUCAUCUCUGUGUACCGAGCCAUUGGUGUCGUCCUGCAGACCUGGAUCCUGAACCGGUACCGGAUGGUGCAGCUGGAGAUCAUAGACCAGGUGGUCAUGUCCUACGGCGGCCUGCGGGGCGCUGUGGCUUUUGCCCUGGUGGUCCUUCUGGAUGAGGACAAGGUCAAGGAGAAGAACCUCUUUGUCAGCACCACCAUCAUCGUCAUCUACUUCACUGUCAUCUUCCAGGGCCUGACCAUCAAGCCCCUGGUGCAGUGGCUGAAGGUGAAGAGGAGUGAGCACCGUGAGCCCAAACUCAACGAGAAGCUGCACGGCCGGGCUUUCGACCACAUCCUCUCAGCCAUCGAGGACAUAUCAGGGCAAAUCGGACACAAUUAUCUCAGAGACAAGUGGUCCAAUUUUGAUAGAAAAUUCCUCAGCAAAAUCCUUAUGAGAAGGUCAGCCCAAAAGUCACGAGAUCGAAUUCUUAAUGUUUUCCAUGAGCUCAACUUGAAGGAUGCCAUCAGCUACGUGGCCGAGGGAGAGCGCCGUGGGUCCCUGGCCUUCAUUCGCUCCCCUAGCACGGACAACAUGGUCAACGUGGACUUCAGCACCCCUCGCCCCUCCACUGUGGAGGCCUCCGUCUCCUACCUGCUGAGGGAGAAUGUCAGUGCGGUGUGCCUGGACAUGCAGUCCCUGGAACAGAGAAGGAGAAGCAUCCGGGACACAGAGGACAUGGUCACUCACCACACGCUACAGCAGUACCUGUACAAGCCCCGGCAAGAGUACAAACAUCUCUACAGUAGACAUGAGUUAACUCAGGACGAAGAUGAGAAGCAAGACAAGGAGAUCUUCCACAGAACCAUGAGGAAGCGCUUGGAAUCCUUCAAGUCGACUAAGCUGGGUAUCAACCAGAACAAAAAGGCGGUCAAACUGUACAAGCGAGAGCGUGCCCAGAAGCGGAGAAACAGCAGUAUUCCUAAUGGGAAACUGCCAAUGGAGAGCCCCAUACACAAUUUCACCAUUAAGGAAAAAGAUUUGGAACUUUCAGACCCGGAAGAGAACCCCAACUACGAUGCUGAGGAGAUGAGUGGGGGGAUUGAGUUCCUGGCGAAUGUCACCAGGGAUACAGCAACAGACUCCCCGUCAGGUGACACGGGCUCUGACGUGCCGCUGACAGGACGCAUGUCACCGCGCGAGGUUCUGCAAGCUACAGAGAAGUCCCCGCGCCCGCUCGCUCCGCCCCCGGCCCCGCCCACCGCGCAGAACCCAGCUCCAGCUGCACUGCCAGACGAACUGGGGGCGGGGCCCACAUCGGAGGCGGGGUCAGCGUCGGGGACUUGGCUAGAGCGCCGUGGACUGCAGGGAGCACACGCACGGUCAGCGGCUGCGCGCCGCGUGCACAGCCGGCGCUCGUUCCAGCGGCCCCGCGCGCGCCGCCCUGCCCUGCUCAAGCUUGCGUCGCUGCAGCCCUCCUGCCACGAGCCACCGCACGGGCUGGAGCAGGAGGAGACUCCGCUGUGA